CAGUGACUCACUCACCAGACUACAUAAAUACAGUCAACUACAACCACUCCCAACCACAAUUGAUAAAUCAAUCAUCCAACCAUCCAAUUUUACAAGAAGAAGAAGAAGAAGAAGAAGAAUUGAACCAUCCAAAAUGUCCCCCCCAAAACCAACCUCCACCCUCUACGCCACCACCCUCCCCAUCCUCACCAGCAUCCUCAAAACCCUCCUCCACCUCCUCCGCACCGCCGAACGCACCCACUCCAACCCAUCCUCCCUCCUCCUCAGCUCCCGCCUCCAUCCAACCAUGUACCCCCUCACCGACCAAAUCCGCCUCGUGACAUCCAACUCCGUCCGUCUCUACGCCCGGCUCACCAACCACCCCGAGGCAGACACUCUCCCCACAACCUUCCUACCAGAGGGUAACCCGCAAUCCUUCGCGGAGUGCUACGAGCGCAUCGACAAAGUGCUGGAGCUUCUGAAAGAUGCGGAUAAUGAUGACGCUACUACGAAGGAGGUGGUGAAUUCCAAUGCCGAGACGGUCAAGCCUGCGCCCGUGGGACCCGGAGUCGAGAUCGAUGUGACGAAUGCGAUGUAUGCGCAUACCAUGGUCCUGCCGAAUAUUUAUUUUCAUUUGAAUAUUGCUUAUGCGAUUGUGCGCAUGGAGGGCGUGGAGAUUGGGAAGAGGGAUUUGUAUGCUGGGUUUGGGGAGUUGUGGGGUUAAAUGUUUCUUCAUUGUUUGAUUAAGUGCUGUAUGUAUGUAUGUAUGUACGAUAUUGGGGGGUAUGGUUUAGUUAGGUGGCUGGGAAUAGAUAUGGACAUCUCUCCUCUCCUUCGCUUUAUGGAGACUGAUUCAUAGGGAGUAACAGUAGCUACCAGGUUUCACUAGAAUAUAGGUACCUUUCCAUAGACUCAAGGUUGAUGGUCAUAC